CGAGUUUGACACCGCAGCUUUGAACCAGAGCCGAGAGCGCGCGCUGCCGCCUGCUUCAGUUCGGUUGUCGAUUCGUGGCUUUUACACCCCGCCGUGGGAAGUCGAGUAGCUAUGAGGACUAGUGUCUAACCGUCGUUGUGUUCGUCGUUUCAUUACUUUUUGGAGUAUCGACAAAGUUUUGUAUUUUCUUUUUGUCGGGGAGGUUGAACUCUCGAAGGACUUGAAACAUGUCGCGGGACCCGGACGAGGUGAACAAACUUACUGAAAGCACCUACAAGAAUGUUAUGGAUCAGUUUAACCCGGGGCUAAAGAACCUAAUCAACCUUGGAAAGAGCUACGAGAAAGCUGUCACGGCCAUGACCCUGGCUGGAAAGAUGUACUUUGAAGCUGUGGGAAAGAUUGGGGAGAAUGCUGCUGUAUCUCCAGUGUCAAGAGAAUUAGGGGUGGUGUUGACUGAGAUCUCCGAAGCCAACAGGAAGGUCCUACUUGAGUUGGAAGAGAAUUUCAGACGUUUCCAUCGAGAGAUUAUUGCUGAGCUGGACAAGAAGACCGAUAUGGACGUGAAAUACAUGACGGCCACAUUUAAGAAGUAUCAGAUGGAGCACAAGAUGAAGCAAGACUCUCUGGAGAGGUCUCAGGCGGACCUGAAAAAGCUGAGGAGGAAGAGCCAAGGAAAGAAUGCGCUGAAGUAUGAGAGCAAAGAAAACGAGUGUUUGGAGACCCUCACGCACCGCCAGAUGGACAUGCAGAAGUUUAUUGCAGAUGGCUGUAAGGAGGCUUUGCUUGAAGAGAAGAGGAGGUUCUGCUUCCUGGUGGACAAACAUUGUACUUUCUCCUACCAGUUUGCAGCGUUCCAUGAAAAGGCGAAGGACAUAUUAACGGACCAGAUACCAAACUGGCAAGACAAAUGUUCUGAUAUUACCAACGUUCCAGACAGUGUGUUGUCGAUGAUAGAAGGUCUGCGCACCCCAGUGUCCAUAACACCUCAGGCUUCUCCAGCCAUAAAGCGCCACAUUAGGAACAACUCCGAGGCAAUGAUUCCCCCUCCUGCACCCGCACUAAAGGCACAAACAAGUCCUCUAGUGAACAUGUUUAACCACGACACGCCAAAGCAAGAGACCGUGACCGAUAACAGCAACGAUGGAAAUCAAAUAGUAAGGUCCAUUUCGAUGGCUACGGGGCUGAACAAUAUGAGCCGCAGGCCACGCGUCAGGACUAUCUUCCCCCACAAAUCUGGCAACAACAACACCCUGCUGAGCUUUGAUGAGGGUGACUUCAUCACACUGCUCAUCCCUGAUGAGAGAGACGGCUGGCUUUAUGGAGAGUUAGAGAACAACAAACAAAGGGGCUGGUUUCCAUCUUCCUACUGUCGUCCAUAUGUAGAACCUGUGGUAAAUAACAGUGUUGUUGGGAAUCCUCCGGUGCGCAGUAAGAGUGUGGCCAACCUCACGCAGCAGGACUCCGAGGAUGAUAUGCUGCUGCCUCCUCCAGACUACAGUGACACUCCUGUCAGGAGGAACUCGACCAAGUCCCUGAUGACACAUGUGCCUUCAUCUGAAAACACAGUUUCUCAGCCAAAUGGAAUUUCAAAGCCACCUUUUCUAGUGGGCGGGAACCCUUUUGCCACCGUAAAGCUGAGGCCCACAGUCACUAACGACAGGUCGGCUCCUAAGAUCUGAGUAUCACGACACAGAAGCCUUCCAACCGUCAGCAGAUUGUUUUUUUUUUCACCUCCAUCACCACCAUUAUCUCUGCGGUGUGAAUGGAGACCUUUCUUCUGCAAACCAACUACAUUGUACAUGACCUUUUUAUCAUGUUGGAUUUGGACUAGUUUCCAUGGUGGCCUCAUUGCACACAGACAAACUAAACCUUUAACUAUGUACAUUUAAAAAAGCCAAUGUUCACAUUCACUUUGUAAACUCAUUUGGAUGUUUGUGCUGCCGUAUAGGCCUUUGGACGAUGCAGCAUUAGAUAAAAUAUUCUAGAGUUAAUAUGCUUAUAAUAUAUUUCAUCUUGGGUUUUUUUUUAUUUUUUAUUAUUUUACCUGAGGUGUUGAUGACUGCUUACGAUUUGCAAGAAUAACGCCUUCCCCUGUGCUCAGACGUACUGGAAACCUAGGAUGUGGAAAUAAUUGAGAAUUUUUUACAUUGUCAUGGGACAAGUGAUACAUGUAAAUGAGACUGAGACACUGAAUAUUUCAGGUUUAAUAGUGUUGCAGAUGUAAUUGUGCAGGAUUACUUCUAAGUGUAUCAGGUUAUUUAAAAAUCUUGAAAAUUAUGGUACAUCAUGGUAUGAUGAAACAUACUAUAUGUUUUAAUUCCAAAUGCUUAAUAUGGUGUUCAGAUUGCAAAAGCUAUGUCUCUUCAGACCCGUUCCUAUUCCCGUACUACUUAAUAAUCUGUUGUCUUUUUCUCAGAGAACAUGCUUGCCUCUUUAAAUUUAUUAUGAUGUCGCUGCAAAUGAUUUCUGUGUCCAUAUUCAGUUCACAUGCAUUCUCGGGCACAUGUCUUGACUCCUAUUAUUUAAACAGACCUCAUAAUUCUAUAUAAAAAUUGUACUUCAUUUUGAAACCCUAAAGAAGCCUUUUAUUUGUUUUAGCAACAGUUUUCCAAUGCCCCCUGAAUCACUGCUGUAUAAAAUAAAAUUUUUAUUUCUUUUA